AGUCAACACAGUCAGAGAAGGGAGAGGGCCGUGAAAACUAGGGCACAACAAAACUGACCCCUUUCCCUCAAACCAGAGGCACAGAUCCAACAGAGAGAGAGUGGGAGGGUGUAGGCUGGGGAAGAGAGAGACAUUUGUGGAAGGCUGUGUGGCUGUUAAAGGAGCGAAGCCUGCGGAAAUCCACCAUCGACGUCCCCAGAAGUCCGAUGUCCCCACAAGUUUGAUGUCCCUUCAAGUCUGCUCCAAGUGAGGACCUCGGCAUUACGCAUUUCCUCUUCAUUGUCCAUUUUCUGGUCAGUGUUUCCACGUACAAACUGCACCAUGCACAAGCGUACGAAGGUGAAGAUGACGUUCUUUGUGAUCCUGGUGGGUAUGGCUUCCAUGUUUACGGCGGUGGUGACGGACCAUUGGGCCGUGCUGAGCCCGCGGGUGGAGCAGGUGAACGCGACGUGUGAGGCGGCCCACUUUGGCCUCUGGAGGCUGUGUAAGAAGGUCAUCUACAUCAGUGAGGUGGACUACAAUGGAAAGGGUUGUGGCCCCAUCAGCUUACCUGGAGCGGAGAACUGCACUUACUUCAAACACUUCACUCCUGGGGACGAGUCUGAGAUUUUUGAAGUCAAAACCCAGAAAGAGUACAAUAUCUCGGCAGCGGCCAUCGCCAUCUUCAGCCUGGCCUUUAUGAUCCUGGGCACCUUGUGUCUCCUGUGCUCCUUCAAGAAGGGAAAUGACUACAUCCUCAAACCUGCCGGAAUGUUCUUCGCUUUCGCAGGUCUGUGCGCCAUCAUCUCAGUGGAGGUGAUGCGUCAGUCGGUAAAGCGGAUGAUCGAGAGCGAGGAAACCAUCUGGAUAGACUACUCCUACGCCUGGUCCUUCGCCUGUGCCUGUGCCGGCUUCUGCCUUCUCUUCCUCAGUGGCCUCGGCCUCCUCCUGCUCUCCAUGCCCCGCAUGCCCCAAAACCCCUGGGAGUCCUGCAUGGACGCUGAACACGAAGUGGAGUAAUAGACAAGAGGGAUGAGACGAGGAAGAGAGUGACACUUUGUUUUAAAAGCAAUAAGAUCACGAUCAAGAUCAACUUUGUGUUGUGACAUAGUGGAACCAGAGGAUUAUUUCACACAGCGCUUGGGAGCAGUCGUGUCCUGCAUGCUUUCCCGAGUCAUAGUGGAGGACCACACAAGUGGCAUUGUGUGACUCCAAGUUUACGCCGAUGUGAUAGUUAUUAUAUAAAUAUUUGCAGAUAAAAGGCAUUUCCACUGCCAUUUCUCGCAUAAUUAAUUUUACAGACACAUAAAACAUCCCACCAUGUCGAUUGAUGCAAAUUGUCUGUUUUAUAAAACUGCACCGGCAUUUCCUGUUUCCAUCAGCCCAGUCGUUACUUUUUUUCAAGUAUCCGGUAAUUAAUCAGCAUGAAAUUGGAUGGAAACCUGGUUAAUGAUACAUUUUGACAUGUUAUUUAAUGGUAUAAAUAGUAAUGGAUUGACAUUUGACCUAUGAAUCCACCUUUUUCACAAUGUGUGUUUUUUAUGAUAAUUCUGUACAUAAGUCAAUCAAUUUAUAACUGGGAUGGUUCUGUUAUUUCCAGUGCAUCAAGCACUUGCAAUGAAUUUAUGUCAAAUGUAUUCAGGCAGAUUUCAAGAUAAACCAGGAAAUUGUUAGAAUCAGAUGCCAGAUUAUUACUUCAUAAUUAAGCAUUUAAUAUUGCAACUCCUUUUAAAAAAUAUAUAUUCACAGCAUACAUAACACUAAUUGUGACGUAAAGUGAUAUUAAAAUGAUCCAUUUUAAUUAUAGAAUUUAGGUCAUGUUAGAUUUAUAGUGGGGAAAAAAGAAGUAUUUUCAGUAUUCAAAAGGACUUACUUUUAUAAGAAUAAUACAUGGCUGUCGCAGCAAAUUGGAGAAGCAAAUAAUGUUGUGUAGUGAGUUUAGUGUGCAUACCAGGCAGUAUGCUAAACACCAACAGCCCACUGAAUGCUUGGGUUGGAAAAGAUUCAGUUCUAGCAGGUGCACACCAAACACAAAAAAAAACUGCUUUUUAAGAGCUGAAAACAUUGCAGCCUAAUUUCUUGGACUAUUUGAUCCCAUUCAAUUUAGGUGAACCAAGCAAUCUAUUUUUGUUGUUGUUGAUGAAGGUAUCAAUUUCUUCUAGUUCUGAUUUUAGUUAGCAUCUGAUGCAUUUAAUUUCAAACUUGGAAGGUACUCAGUAGCCAACACUUUCAGGGGCAUUCAGUUCAACAAACUCGAGAGCCUUAAUAUGUACCAUUUAGAACCAGUAAAUAGCUUUAAUAGAUAUAUUUCCCAAAUGUCCAAUCUUUUCAGCCAAACUAAACUGGACUUCUCUCCCAUGUUACCGUUCAUCUUUGGCUUCUAUGGACAGACAAGAAAUAGGUGUAUUGUAAAAACCCAGUGGGUACAUUAUUUUUGUUAUGGAUGAUACUGCUUUUGUAUUUACUCAGUGGAAGUGUUAAACAAGGAUUCUUUUUGAUAACACAAAUGUACAUUACUAAUGUCUCAAAACAAGCUUGCAAGUUGCUAAUACCAUUGCUUUCCCCAUUUGAUUUUUGAUUGAAUAGAUGAGGGCAGUUGAUAAAGGUACUGGCACUAUGGUUACUAAACACUCCAUAAGACUUCGUAAGUGUAGCAGACAAAAACUUGCUUCGCCAUCUUAUCGGUCCUUGUCUGUUAGAACUAGCUUUUGGUAUGGAAUGAUGAAUUACAGUACAGUGGUUGUCUUCAGUUGUGCGUACAUGUUAUGAUAACCAUGAAACCAUGCAUUUCUAAGUAAAAUAAAUUCACAUAUCUAGCUUGGAAGAAGGCCA